GAUCUCCAGUCAGAUCUGCACUUGAACCACCGUCAAGUGCAUUACCUGGAUCGUUACGGACACUCUCACACGGUGAGAAAACCAAUCCACCAUUUGCCACACUACAUGCUUGGACAUUUGGUCGAAUUCGAGGACAUAUCCUUGUACCUAUUCUUCCCAUGUCUCUAUCGGGAAGAUCAGCAGUCUAGUCGUCUUUUGGACAGUGACUUUCGCACCUGGAUGAAUCACAUCUUGCUACCUAUAAUCUACCGGCAUCACGAGAGCUCACUUAUUCAACAUUAUCCGUCUAGCCACGAUCAUAGCCUUUCAAACUCUACCCCACGAGGAGUAGAGAUGCGGUCACAGCGGAUCGAUCCGAUGGCAAGAGAACAGUGA